AUGCUCCUUCAGAGGCUGGAUACUCUUCCCUUCGAUGUCUUCUUUCACAUCGCUACGUCGCUGGACGACCGCGAUCUUAUCCACCUCAGUCGCGUCAAUCGUGCUCUACACUCCAUCACCGAGAGCGAACAAAUCGCUCGAAAGACGAUAGAGAAUGGGUUGCUCCACAGCAAGGAAGGUCAGGCGGCAAUGACCGCCCAGUCGGGUUACCGCAAGGCAGUUGGUCUCCGCUUUGCAAUCCAUGAGGCUGUUGCCACGGCCAACCCCUAUGCAGUCGCCUGUGUCGGCUACGCGGCAAACUUCAUCUACAACGAGGGCUAUUUGGUCUACCGCUGCCAGAACCACAUCCGGGUGUUGCACGUACAUGGCGUCGCGACCACAGAACGCGUCCUCGACCUCACCCGCCUUCUCCCGCGUCUACUUUCCACGGCACAGUCGGAAUCAACCGACAAUGUGACUUUGUUAAGUUACGCCGAUCAAAUCCUGGUCUUCCGUGUUGCGGAUGUGAGCGCCACCGAGGACGCCUUAUUUGUCAUUGACAUGAGACGCAAAUCGUCAGGGCCAUUGUUUACUGCCCCCAUUCUCACGUCAGCACCGAUCUUUGUGCGCCAUACUCGUUCCUAUCUCUGGUACGGGACAUUUGCAGCCGCUGACGGCUCGGAUGGGGUAUGGACAAUUACGGGCGUAGACUUGAGAACGCGGGCGCGCCUUUCGUUCCAACUAGAUCGAGUGGUGGAUGGCGACGUUGGGCAAACACUAUGUUUUGAGAUGCAUGAUGAGCAUUUGUAUGCGGUGUCAACGCAGGUCGCCUCGGAUGACAACGAAAUCCAUUCUUCCUUCUAUCAUUGGUUUUGCCACGCGCCUCGGGAAUCAGAUCGGAAAUGGAACGGUCGCCUUUGGCGCCGCGAGCAUCAGGAAGGUCCUAUCAAUGAGAUGUGGACGGAUUUAUCUAUCCGCAAGGACGAGCAAACGGGUCGACCCGUGAUUCUCGAAUGUCGUCGCGAAUGGCGCGAUGGCAAGAGUGAAAACCACCGCACUUACUACACACAGCGACUCCCGACGCCAGAGGAAGCUCUGGCGCCUCUCUCGGCAGGGGCUGUCCACACACCGUCUUGGGUUUCCAUGGACGAUGACCUAGAUAACGACCAACCCUACGAUGAAAGACCCGCAAAAAGACUGCGCCGUCAUUAUCAUGCCGAGUACGAGUCCGGCUCCACAAAGCGGCAGGAAUUUAUUCCUGCUCGUACAAAGCACCGCAGCUACCACCUUGGCUCAUCAACCUUUGUUGACCUCGUCAACGACCCCGUCAGUGACGGCCUGCGCUCUCGAGACAGACUGCGCCUCCGAACCGUUUCCCGCAAGCGCAAGUCCCCCAUCGACACAGACGGCACCGAAGGUCCUUCGAACACCCUCUUCCAACCUACUCAAGUAGACGCAGAUGGGCGUCCCAUCGAAGGCUCCGAAGAGCGCUUCGAAUGUCGAGGCGUCCACAUGUGGCCACCAGAAAACGCCACGCCAGUCCAACAGUUUCUUUGUCCCAAUGGACGCAUUGGCGCCGUAAAGAGCAUUGCUGACGAGCGCUCGAUCAUUUACUCCAUCGACGCACCUGGGCUACCAUCCAAUCACCAGGCUCUCAUUCUCAUUAGCUUCGACCCCACACUCCGACUUCCAACCCUCGAUCCUCUGCCCGCAUCUGGACAUGCGGUGGAUACCUGGGCUGGUGAUAAGUUCCUCGAGGUCCCUCGCCCACCUCCAAGCUCAUCGCCUAAUAUGGUGGAAGAGUCAUUGCCGUAUUACAUGGAAAUCAAACGCGGCUAUAAGCUACGUUAA